AUGUUCUUAAACCUUGAAAGUUAGAAAGACAGUUAAAAAAUAAUCCUAAGGGAUCAUUUUCAAACAGAAGCAGCUGAUUAAAGAAGAUAGUUAAACUUUAAUGCUUAAUUCAAGUAAAAUAAGUAAAGAAAGAUUGUCUAAAGAAAGUAAAAGAGCUGCGAUAAAGAAAAUAACUAAAAGUAGAUUGAUUUAGAUUUUAUGAAAGUUAAUUCAUUGGCUUUGGCCAAAAAGGGAUCAUUUAAAGUUUCUUACUUAGAAGAUUUUACUAUAAAUUUUGAUAAGAAUAACAAAUCAUCCAUUCAAUAAUAAAAGACACAAACUAUAAACAAUCAAAAUAAAUUAUCUCCUUUACCAAAAAUGCACUAUUUAAAGAACAUUAUUAUAAAUACUUCACCUAGCUAGAGAAGUAGCUAGAAUGAUAUAUUUUACAAAAUGAAAACAGAAGGUUCCUAUAAAUAUACAGACUUAUCAUAAGGAUCUAAGGAGGCUAUAAAUUCUCUUUUUAAUUAAUAAACUAUGUAAAUUAAUCCUCCUACAUCUCCUUCAUCUACUACUUAGUGGAAUUCAUUUAAUCAAAGCAUAAAUAAUGCAAAUAGUAAUAUAAAUUUCAGCAAUUUACCUUCUUGUAAAAAUACUUCACCCUGCAAUUCUAAGAUCAUAGAACUUAAUAUAGACAUGGAAAAGCAAGAGUUAUUACCUUAAAUUACUAGAAAAAAAGGUAGAUCUUUACCACCUAUAAAGCUAAAAUAGAAUACUUAAGGAGUAAUUGAACCUAUCAAUCCUUCAAAUGACUCUUUUAAUAAUACUUAAAUUUAAAUUUUACCAUUUAGAUUAAAUAGUAUUAAGAAAUACUCUUACCUAUUUGAUAGCUACAACUAUGUGCAAGAUAAAAUAAUAAACAAUUAAGAAAAUACUCUAUUACUUGAGCAAGAUUCUGAAUUUUCUAAUGUCUAAAUGAUAUUCAAUCAGAAGAGCUCAAAGUCAAACAAAUAUGAAAAUUUAGAGCAAAGUGAAGAUACAAUUUCAAUAUAAAAAUUGAUGAUUAAAUCUCCUGCAAUUAAAAAAUAAAACCCUUUCACAAAGAAAAAACAAUCACUAAAUGUCAGUAAACACAAAGAAUAAAUUAAUCUUCAAUAAAAAUACUCAGACAUUUAAUGUGUUCCUUUCAAAAGCUAUAAAUUCCCAUCUUAAAAAAUAAAUGUAUAAAAAUGA